GUCAUUAUCGUAGGAUCUUUGGUUUUUUGGUUUUAUUGUGUAAAAAAAUGCUGUGCGUAGGUAAAGAAGUAAACUAGCAGUAGCACUGCAUUCACGUCAGUGUGUCCUACAAUAAUUGGCUACGGUGAAUGUCAGUGAUAAUCUGGGAUUUUGUAAGACUGGUGUGAGAUUCCGGCCGGAAGUGGGACCAUGAUGAAUACACAUCUAAUAACUUCCGUAUUGCUUCUGCUGCAUUUCGGAGGGACAGGCGUACAUUCCACCUUCACCAACGAGUUUAUAUCUAACAUUGAAGGAGGGCCGGAAGUUGCUGAUAACCUGGCAGCAAGUUAUGGAUACAUAAACUUUGGAGAGAUAGAGAACUUUCCAGAUCACUAUGUUUUUCAUCAUCUAGCGACAGAAAAGAGAUCCAUCAGACCAAGUAGAGGAGACCACACAGCAAUCAAACAUGAAGCCGCUGUAAAUUGGAUUGAGCAGCAGAAGAUACGGAAGCGAGUAAAACGUGGUGUUGAACGGAUCAAUGAUCCUAAGUACCCUCAACAGUGGUACAUGAACCGCAAAGAUGCACCCAACAUGAAUGUGGAGCCUGCAUGGGAGAUGGGCUACACUGGCAAAGGCAUUGUGGUCUCCAUACUGGAUGAUGGCAUUGAUUACACUCACCCAGAUCUGGCUAAAAACUAUGACCCCCUUGCCAGCUGUGACAUCAAUUCCCAUGACGAUGACCCGAUGCCAAGUGCUAACUAUGACCAAACUAACAGGCAUGGAACACGUUGCGCAGGUGAAGUAGCAAUGGAAGCUGGUAACAACAUAUGUGGUGUGGGAGUGGCAUAUAAUGCAAGCAUUGGAGGUAUCAGAAUGCUUGAUGAUCAGGUAACAGACAGAGUUGAAGGAAGCUCGUUGGCAGCACGGCGAAACCAUAUUGAUAUUUACAGUGCAAGUUGGGGACCAGAGGACAAUGGAAUGACUGUUGAUGGACCAGGCCGUCUAGCUAAAAAGGCCUUUCAUGAUGGAAUAAAGAAGGGUCGAGGUGGUAAAGGCAACAUUUUUGUCUGGGCAUCAGGUAAUGGUGGUCGCGCCAAGGAUAACUGUGGGUGUGAUGGCUACACUAAUAGCAUCUAUACAAUAUCAGUCAGCAGUACAUCUGAAAGAGGUGAAGCCCCAUGGUAUCUGGAAGAAUGUGCAUCAACAUUAGCCACAACGUACAGCAGCGGAAGCCCAAAAGAGAAGAAAGUGAUUACAACCGAUUUAGGGGGCCGCUGCACUGAUGAUCACACUGGAACAUCAGCCUCUGCUCCACUGGCAGCAGGACUGUGUGCCCUAGCCCUCCAAUCUAAUUCUAACAUGACAUGGCGUGAUAUGCAGUAUGUGAUUGUGAUGACAUCUCACAACAACAGUCUGAAUGACGGUGGUUGGCUUGUCAAUGGUGCUGGAUAUUCAUUUAGUCAUCGGUACGGCUUUGGUUUGAUGGACGCUGGGGCAAUGGUUCAGCUUGCAAGGAAUUGGAUCAACCUGCCAGAGCAGCUGAGCUGUGAAAUCAGCUUAAUAUCAAGUUCCAGGGAAAUCAAGGGCCGUGGAAUGCUGGCAACUUUUACACUGAACACGACAGCUUGUGAGAAUGGCCCCAUUUACUUGGAGCAUGUCCAGUCUACUGUGGAUGUCACAUUUGGUAGUCGGGGUGCCCUGGUUCUCACUUUGGUCUCACCAUCAGGAACUCACUCGAAGCUCUUGGGCAUUCGACCUAAGGACAGGAGGAAGGGCAGCUUUAGUUCCUGGCCCUUCAUGAGCACCCACUUCUGGGGGGAGAGAGCCAAAGGGGUAUGGACACUGCAGGUGGAGAACGGCUUGCCGAAGAGCAACUCAGGGCAGUUCCGGGGAUGGGUCUUGACACUGUGUGGCACAGAUUCCCUACCAACAACUGCUACACCUCCCAAAAAGCCGGCGAUCAGGCAAGGUAGUAAAAGCCCUAUCAAGGAAAUGAUCGAUGAUGUUGAUCACUCGAGGGUUGCCAUUCCAAGGAGCUCAGAUUAUUCUCCCUGUCACCCUGAAUGCUUCAAUAGCUGCAGUGGCCCUCUUGCAAGUGAUUGCUGGAAAUGUUUACAUUACAGGGACAGAAAAACAGAUGAAUGUAUAACUCACUGCCCAGAUGGUUAUUAUGAUCCACCUGAAGUGCAUACCCGAUGCAAGGCUUGUGCACCCACUUGUCUGACAUGUGCUGGGCCCAGUUAUUCUGAUUGCCUGUCAUGUCGUAAUCCAUUCUUUCUCAUGGAGAGCUGGUCAGAAUGUGUUCAAGUUUGUGAUCAGAAGUUCUACGAAGAUAUCGAGACCAACACCUGCAUCCAGUGUGCUCCUUUGUGCAGCAAGUGCGAGGGGAGCCCUAAUUACUGUUCAGCAUGUGAACCUCAUGCUUUGCUUUCUAGUGACAACACUUGCCUGUCUACCUGCUCUACCAAUGAGUACCUAGAAGGCAGCGCUUGCCAUCCCUGUGACAGUACCUGCCACACCUGCAGUGGAAGUCAGGACAAUGACUGCUUGUCAUGUGUGCCUGGUAGUGUGUUAAAGGAGCGGACUUGUGUAGAAGAAUGGAGAUGCACAGAUGGAUAUUAUGUGGAAAGAGGUUCCCUUGGCAAUGGCAAAGAAUGCCUCAGGUGUCAUGUUUCCUGUAAAAACUGUAAGGGACAGUCCUCGUCUGAAUGCACAGAGUGCAAUACUGGGGAUAUCUUACAGGAUGGAGCCUGCAUCAAGAAUUGCUUAGCUGGAUACUUCAAGGACAGUAAUGAUGACUGCCUUACCUGCUCUUAUGGCUGUGAUCAUUGUACCGAAGAAGAUAAUUGUGUUCAGUGUCAGUCAGAAUUUGUACUGGUUGAUGGAACCUGUAAGCAAGGCUGCAUUGAUGGAAGCUAUGAACAUGAAGGCUCCUGUCUGAGCUGUCAUUCCCUAUGUGAGACAUGCAUUGGUGGUGGGCCAAAGGACUGUACCAGCUGCAAACUAAUGGAGGCUGACCUGCGCUACCUUCUGGAGGGUGCUUGUGUUCCUUUCUGUCCUGAGGGUCAAUAUGAAGACCAACAAACCCUCAAAUGCGAGGAGUGUGAUGAGACAUGUAGAACCUGCAGUGGAUCAGAAGUUAACAACUGUCAGAGCUGCUAUGAUGGGUUUCUUCUCAAUGGAGAUGUUUGUCAGGAGCAAGAAGGGAAAUACUGUGACCCAAAGUGUAAAGAGUGCAUGUAUGGCUCUGAGGAUAGGUGUAGUUCUUGUAAUGACGGCAAAUACCUACAGGAGUUUGAAUGUGUGGACAACUGUGCAGCUGGCUACUUUGCAGAUGAAAUUGGUACGAGAGAUGAGUGCGUACGUUGCAAUCCAUCAUGUAAGACGUGCAGUGGGGCAUCUUCCCAGGAUUGUACAUCCUGUAAUGAGAAUCGGUUCCUUUAUGACUCCUCUACCUGUGACAGCCAUUGCCCCUACACCACGUACGUAGAUAGAAGUGAUGGGACUUGUAAGGACUGUCACUCCACUUGUCAGUCUUGCAGCGGCCCUGGAAGCGAUGCGUGUGAGACCUGUGAAGGAAAUUUGUUUUGGUCUGACAAUGAGUGUGUGAGUGCUUGUCCAAAUAGCACAUAUGGUGAUGAAGGUGAGCAGCAGUGUAUGAAAUGCUACCCAACUUGCAAAACUUGUGAUGGGCCACUCUCUGAAAACUGCUUGACUUGUAUUGCUGGCCUGAAACUGACUGGUUCAAUUUGCAAGCAAGGGGAUUGCCCUCACAGGACCUAUAAAGAUGGUGAUGUCUGCAAUGACUGUCAUGACACCUGUCAGACAUGUAAGGGACCGGAGGCAGAUGACUGCCAGAUGUGUGACUAUGACCGUUUCCUAAAUGAGGAGAACCAAUGCAUAGAGGUGUGUAAUCCUGGUUACUACCCCGACUAUGAGAACAAUAUCUGCCGGCCAUGCCACAGUAGCUGCAAGACAUGUGUGAUGGAAGGGCCACAGGACUGCAUGGAUUGUGAGAAUGGCAUGUACAUCUUAUCCAAUGAAGAUGGUGUUUUUUGCGUCAACCAUUGCCCGGAGGGCUUCUACGUGCUUGAGGAAGGUCCUGAUGAUGACAGAAGCUUGACCUGUCAAAUGUGCUCCCCUCAGUGCUUGGAUUGUAGCAGUUCCUACUCUCAUUGUAUAAGCUGCAGGGAUAAUACCUUCCUUUUCAGGGAUCAGUGCAUUCCCAGCUGCCCAGGGGGAUUUAUGGAAGAUGUAGAGUCCAAUCGGUGCCUAGUCGAGGACAGAAUCUGUCCCCUGCAUUGCACAAGUUGCAACGAAUGGGGUGAAUGUCUAGCAUGCAAAGGUGGAUAUCAAAUUUAUUAUGGUGAAUGUAUGCAACCAGCAUCACAGUGCGCUGAGUACAAAUACCGGGCUGUGGACUCCAGUGGCAACACACUAUGUCGGGAUUGCAUUGCUCAUUGCAAACGGUGCUUGGGACCACGUCCCGAUGAGUGUUUAGCAUGUGAUACAGACUACCAGCUUAACAAUGGACAUUGCAGGCAAAACUGCAAUGCUAAGCAGUUUGACCAAGAUGGUGUUUGUGUUGCAUGCCACCCUUCCUGUGAAACCUGUGAAGGUCCAUCUCCAUAUGAGUGCACAGCCUGCCCAGAAGGCAUGGUCCAUACCACCAGCAACUCCAAUCUGGGAGAGUGUAGCAUUGGAUGUCCUGAGGGAACAUUCCGUGAUCAGAACCAAUGCCUUGCUUGUCAUGAUACCUGCCAGAACUGUGAUGGCAACAGCCAAGACAAUUGCCUCAGCUGCAAACCCCAUUUCUUCCUGACAGGGAAUCAGCGAUGUGUACAGACAUGCCCUGAUGGUACCUACCAUUACCUUACUGAUGAUGACAGUGGUUCUCCUAGUGAGUUUGAAUGUCGCCCCUGUCACUCUAGUUGUAACACCUGUUAUGGCCCACUGGAAAGGGAAUGCACCACAUGUCAUGACAGUAUGUACCGUCUGGACCACGAGUGUGUGGCACACUGUGGAACAGGGAACUACCCUGGAAAGCAGUCAGUUUGCCAGCCCUGCCAUUUUGAUUGCAUAUCAUGCUGGGGUAAUGGGGACAACCAGUGCAUCACCUGUGCCAAUGGUAAAAAACUGUUGGAUGGUCUUUGUGUGGAUGAAUGCCCUUUGGACCAUUACCUUUCCCUGGACUUUGGUGCUGUGUGCAAGCCAUGCCACGUCAGAUGCAAGACCUGUUAUGACAUGGGCCCCUUCAAUUGUCUGUCUUGUCAUGAGGGUUAUGAACUUGAAGACAAUGUGUGUUACAGCAGAUGUGACCUUGGCACCUACUAUAUCAAUCAUACGCAGCAUUGCAUGCCUUGUGACCCAAAAUGCCAGGAAUGUUAUGGAGCAACUGACAAGCACUGUAUUGCUUGUCACAGUGGCCAGUCACUAUCCAAAGUAGAUGAUGAACACUACACAUGCUUGAGUUGCUGUAAAGAAGGCUUAGAUGAAGCAAAUUGCUGUCAGUGUAACAAGGAUGAGCAGUGCAUGGAAUUACAAGGCAAUGACAAUAGUGAGCAGCCUGUGGUCGGGCCCAAGCUUAACCAUGGUGCGAUUGUCUUUGUUUGCUUCCUGGUCUUGGCUGUCUUCGGCCUGUUUUUUGGCCUCCUGCAAGCACGUUCACGUAAGAAGCUCUGCUGGAAGAACACGUAUGAGCAGUUACCAGCAUUCUACAGCAACAAAGGAGAGCAGCCCAAGAUCACACUCAGACAAAAUGCCUUGCCUAGUAGUGAUGAAGAUGACUACUUUGACGACAGCGAAGGUGACAUCUAGACCACAGAUUUGAAUAUCAUGUUCAUCCUAAGGACAUCCCUUCAAAAAUCACCAUUCUUAUGAAAUGUGUCAAUAUAUCAAAGAUCUUGGCCAGCCUUGUUUUGAUCUUUUGUGGGUUAAUUCUGUGCCAACUGUCCAAGAACUGUCAGGUGAAAGACUCAGAUUUGGAAGAACUGUUUAAAAAAAUACUCCCGUGAAUCACAUUCAACCAUGUGAAAAUUUGCUAUCAUUCCAAGUCGUUUGUAAGGUCCUUACCUUACAAUCUAAGUUUUUCUUUUUAGUCUUGAAAGCCUACCUUAAAAUUGUCACACGGGACUCAACUAGAAAUGAUAUGAGCAGUAAAUGCAAUACAUUUUCUAUAAAUCUGCUAUCGAAAGUCCCUUGAUAUAAAGAUCUUCCCCCCAAAAUUACACCGACAACAGUUAUUAUUUUCUUUAAUUUUUGGAACACCCUGGAGGCUCCAUGGAGACUCAAAAAGGUUUAGUUGUACAUAUGCACUAGGUGCAUAUCUUUAAUUUUUUAAUAGAUUUGACCAACGACUCGGGGGAUUUUUUUUGGGGGGGGGGGUGGCCGGUCAGGGUCUGAUAAUAGGUCCAUUAAGAAAAAUGUAUAAACUACACUUCCUGGAUGAGUAGUUGACCAGGUUGUCCUUUACCCCUGUAGCUAAUACUUUUAUAUGUUAAAAUACUUGAUACAACGCCUGAAUAAAUCCCUGUCUUUCCAAAUAAUGAACAUUCCACAUUCAUGCAAAUGGAAAGAACCUUUCACGAGGUGAUGGAUUGAAUGGAACAUUCCACAAAUUUGGCUUCACCUUGUGGAAUGGAACAUUCCAUCUGUCAUCUCAUGAAAUUAUUCUUACCAUUGGAUGGAUGUGAAAUAAGUCAUUAUUUGUAUAGUAUCUAAAAAAAAAAAAUAAUAAUGUCUCAAAUUCUUCAUUUUAAAAUUGGUUUUGGGAAAAGAGAUAUCUUUAGAUUUUUUUAAUUCCAGAAAUAUUAAUUUGCUUUCAUUCACCCCACUGACCAUUUUCAAGUAAGUGCAGUGCGGUGAUAUUGGGGAAUAAUGAUAAAUAUGCACAUGUAACUGACGCAACAGCAAACUGGGGUGUGACUUUUUUAUCAGUAGGCCAAUUCUCACAAAGGACUUGUGGAAUGUGUUUUUUUUUCAAGUCCCCUCCAAAUCUUAGAUGGACAUCCACCUGCAGGCAGUCUGCAUGGAAUGACCUUCAUGCUCACAGUAAGCCUGGCUCAAAUAGGAACAAGAUUCAUUUGCAAAAGUCUACCUAUGCCUUUGGGUUUGGGUUCAGGGGCUGAUUAAGGGGCCGAUUUCACGAAACUCGUCUUAUCUUUGGACGUCUUGGGACUUAAGACGAGUCCCUGUUCUAAAAUUGAUCAUAGCUAAGACGCAUUCUAACUUUGAUUUUGCUAAGACGCAUCAAAACUACCAAAUGUUAAAGCUCUAUAUCCUUUUUUCUAACAUAAAUAUAUUCAUAACUUAACUGGACAAAGUCUAAUGAAAUAGUUGUCUACCCAACCACUCUGCAUUUGUAACACCAAAUGUGAACCUCUAGUUUAUGUUUGUUUUUACCGCUUGAUGAACCAGUCAUUCAAAAACGUGCAAAACCAAUUUCCUGUGUGCAGACGAAACACAAACUUUAGCAAGAAACA